CCUUCUCCAAACCGAAGACAGGAGCGCUCCUCAUUACCGUCCUCAGACCGCUGCAGAACAUGAGCCCCAUCCUCUGUCCACAGACCCAGAACGGCACAAAUGAUUGGAACACAUUUCCUCGUCUAAUGCUGUCCGACACCGCUGUAGUUUGAAAACAGCCCGUCACUGUUACGCGUGUCCCCCCUUUGGAUGCGCCAUGCAUUCUCUUUGGAGUUCUGGCGUUCGCCUGCUGGUUUGGACAUGGACUUGGAGUCUGGCGUUGCUUGGAGCGUGGAGCAUCCCCGUAAACGAAGUGAACCUGUUGGACUCUCGCUCUGUGAUGGGAGAUUUAGGAUGGGUUGCUUACCCUAAGAAUGGGUGGGAAGAGAUCGGCGAAGUAGACGAGGAUUAUGCCCCCAUUCACACCUACCAGGUGUGUCGUGUGAUGGAGCAGAACCAGAACAACUGGCUCCACACCAACUGGAUCCUGACUGAAGGUGCCCAGCGAGUGUAUAUUGAGCUCAAGUUCACUCUGAGAGACUGCAACAGCCUGCCUGGGGGAGUCGGGACCUGCAAGGAGACUUUUAACAUGUAUUACUACGAAACGGAUGGCGAUGACGAGGAAAUGGAAGAAGGCGAGAUGAGGGAUGGUGUUGGAAUAACAGAAGAAGAAGACAGAGCAAUGAAAGAGAGUAGAUAUAUCAAAGUCGACACCAUAGCAGCAGAUGAGAGCUUCACUGAACUGGACCUGGGGGACCGCGUGAUGAAACUCAACACCGAAGUCCGUGAUUUAGGUCCUCUGAGCCGGAAAGGCUUCUACUUGGCAUUCCAGGAUUUAGGAGCCUGCAUUGCAUUGGUUUCUGUGCGAGUCUUCUACAAACGUUGCCCCUUCUUGGUGAAAAGUCUGGCAGAGUUUCCUGACACCAUCCCGGGCUCAGAGGCAUCGCAGCUGGUGGAGGUGGUGGGCCACUGCAUCAACAACUCCAUGCCUUUAUAUGAGCCUCCCAGGAUGCACUGCAGUGCAGACGGGGAAUGGCUGGUGCCCAUUGGGAAGUGUGUUUGUAAGCCAGGAUUUGAGGAAAUGAGUGGAUAUUGUCAAGUGUGCAAAGUGGGGUUUUACCGCUCACAGCUGGAGUCUUCAGCAUGCAGUAAAUGUCCACCCCACAGUGUGGCCAGGCAGACGGGAGCCACUUCUUGCAGCUGUGAAGAUGAAUAUCAUAAGAUCGACUCUGACCCUCCCAACAUGGCCUGCACACGCCCUCCUUCUGCACCACGCAAUGCCAUUUCCAAUGUCAAUGAGACCAGUGUCUUUUUGGAGUGGUCCAUUCCCAUGGAGACAGGUGGCAGGAAGGAUGUGCGCUACAACAUCCUGUGCAGUCGAGUUUUACCGGAUGGUAGAGGGUUGGAAGAGUGCGGCCCCAACGUUCGUUUCCUUCCACGCCGAGUUGGCCUGUCUAACACUUCAGUGAUGGUAGCCGACCUGCAGUCACACACCAACUACAGCUUCCUGUUGGAGGCCGUCAACGGGGUGUCAGAGAUGGCCAAAGACUACACUAAACAAUAUGUGACGCUUAAUGUGACGACUAAUCAGGCAGCCCCGUCCCCCGUUAGUGUAGUGAGGAAAGGAUACACGGGAAAAAGCAGCAUCGGCCUUUCCUGGGCAGAACCUGAUCGCCCAAACGGCAUCAUUCUAGAGUAUGAGAUCAAAUAUUUUGAAAAGGAGCAGGACUCCAGUUAUACCAUCAUAAAGUCCAAGGAAACUGAAAUGGUUGUGGAAGGCUUGAAAGCCUCUUCUGUCUACAUCUUCCAGGUACGAGCCCGGACCUCAGCUGGCUACGGUGCCUUUAGUCGACGUUUUGAAUUCCAGACGAGCCCAUACUUGACUGCCACCAGUGAGCGUGCUCAGGCUUCGAUAAUAGCGGUGGCCAUCACAUUGGCGCUGGUUCUGCUGGCAGUGGUUGCUGGAUUCCUGCUCAGUGGACGGCGAUGUGGCUACAGCAAAGCUAAGCAGGAUCCUGAGGAGGAAAAGAUGCAUUUUCACAACGGUCACAUCAAAUUUCCUGGCGUCCGGACCUACAUUGACCCGCUUACCUAUGAGGAUCCUAACCAGGCAGUGCAUGAAUUUGCACAAGAAAUUGACGUUUCCUUCAUUUCGAUUGAAAGGAUCAUUGGUGCUGGGGAGUUUGGUGAGGUCUGCUGUGGACCCCUAAGGCUUCCUGGGAAAAGGGAAAUCCAAGUUGCCAUCAAGACCUUGAAAGCAGGCUACACAGAGCAGCAGAGACGAGACUUCCUGUGGGAGGCAUCAAUCAUGGGCCAGUUUAACCAUCCAAACAUCAUCCGUCUGGAGGGAGUGGUCACCAAGAGCAAGCCUGUGAUGAUCAUUACUGAAUACAUGGAGAAUGGAUCACUGGACACCUUCCUCAAGAAAAAUGAUGGCCAGUUUACAGUAAUCCAGCUGGUUGGUAUGCUGCGGGGCAUUGCAUCUGGCAUGAGAUACCUGUCGGACAUGGGCUACGUCCACCGUGAUCUUGCAGCACGGAAUAUCCUUGUCAACAGUAACCUUGUGUGUAAAGUGUCUGAUUUCGGUCUCUCUCGAGUUUUGGAAGAUGAUGCAGAGGCUGCAUAUACCACAAGGGGUGGUAAGAUUCCUAUUCGCUGGACAGCUCCUGAGGCAAUUGCGUACAGGAAGUUCACUUCAGCUAGCGAUGUGUGGAGUUACGGGAUUGUUAUGUGGGAAGUGAUGUCGUAUGGAGAGAGACCCUACUGGGAGAUGUCAAAUCAAGAUGUAAUCAAAGCAGUGGAGGAGAACUACAGGUUGCCAGGUCCCAUGGACUGCCCAGAGGCGCUGUACCAUCUAAUGAUGGACUGCUGGCAGCGUGAACGCACCAACCGCCCUAAGUUUGAUGAGAUUGUUUGUCUUCUUGACAAACUUAUUCGCAACCCCAGCUCUUUAAAAAAGUUGGUGAACUCAUCUCACAGAGUUUCCAACUUGUUAGUGGAGCAUGCCAGUGCAGAGGGGGACUGCAGCGCUCGAACAAAGUCGGUUGGAGAGUGGCUCGACUCCAUCAAGAUGGGCCGCUACACAGAACUCUUCGUGGAGGGAGGAUACUCCUCGCUGGAAAUGGUGACUCAGAUGACAUCAGAGGAUCUGAGAAGAGUAGGAGUGAACUUGGCUGGACACCAGAAAAAAAUUAUCACAAGUAUUCAGGAGAUGAGAGUCCACAUGAACAACACCAACUCUCCUGUAAACAUCUGAUGCAUAUGUACACGCAUGUAAACACAUCUAAACAUUCAUACGUGCUCUGACCUAAAAACAAGAAGGAAAAAAACAAGAAAUGGACCUAGCAUGUUAUCAAAGAAUUGUUGGACCUAGAACGGCUAAGCACUUUCUGCAGAUGAGGGAACCCAGUGUUUUACGGAUCUGCACCUGAUGAUCUGCAUUUUCAUGGUUUUUUGUGCGUGGAGCUUGCCUGCGGUGUCUCUGGAGACGUAUGACAUUGCUGCUCUGAAACCAAACUGAACUGGACUGUGUGGUGCUAAAUGGAUGAUUGAGAAGGCUGAAAUAAAGUGAGUUUAAGGGAUGCUUUUCAUUGGAAUGAUCCCAAUUUUGUAAAUUUUAGGAAAUCUUGUAUUGCUUGCACUCUUUGGACUCUCAGAUCAAAUGUAAAACAAAGAUAAGACCUACCCCCUUUUUUGGAUGUAAAAGGAGUUUCAUACUGCGGGCUCUAAUGGAACUUUUUUAACCUGUCUCAGGUGAGCCUGUCUGGUCCUGAACAGAACUGGCUUGUUUGAUAGUCAUUUUCUGAGGAAGUAUUCACCCUUAAGGAGUCACUGAAUCAAAUACGGAACAUUCUCAGGCAGGGUGAUCACAACAGGCUAAGAGCAAAAUAUCCGUAUGCGUCAACCUCUACGUUGAUGUGCUUUGGUGUUUGUUUCUCUCUUGCUAGUAGAUUGUUUCGCCACUAAACUGUAGCUACUUUUCGACUAAACGAGUCAUGGAACAUCUGGAUAUCAUGUACACUGUCUUAUUUUAACAAACUUCAAAGUAUUGCAAGACAGUUUAAAAACAGGCCUUUUUUGUUUAUUAAUGACACAUUUUACAACUGGUUAUUGUUGAGGCUAUUAUGGAGGCCACACAUGAGAUAGAUUUUAGGCAUUAAGAUUUUAUGGUUGAAUGUAAAACUCUGGUAGAAUGUGACAGCAACCAUUCUGGUCCUUAAAAUGAAGCCAGAGAAUGUAAAACAUCCAUCUGGCCACCCUUAAAGGUAUCCCCAAUAAAGCUUAUAGGAGUUUCUACAGAAAUGACUCACAAUUAAUUUAUCAACCUGUUUGCUUUACGUACAUUUUUGAAGGAAAUUCAUUGGAAGUUCAGUUGGUCCUGGGGAAACCUUGCUGUCUCUCAGAUUCUGGAUGAUCCCCUUUUUUGGGAGAGAAUCUCAUGGGAUGAUUUGUUGGUAAUCUAACAGAACCCACCGAAUGAACUCAUAGCAGCCUUCAUCAGUCAGGUCACAUCGUCAUCUUCACUGGGCCUUCAGUUUUAAAUAACAACAACCUUCAGGUAUCACAGAAAACCCUCAGCAAUCCAUUGAGUUCACCAUGCUACAGAAAACCUCCUGUAGCCAUGUGAACUGCACCACAAUAAACCUCACUCUGAUAGGACUUCUGGGAAAACAGGAAGGCAAUAUUGAUUAACAUGGAAAUCAUUUAUUUAUUUAUAUUUGUUUGAAAAAAAGGCAAAAAUAAUGUGGACAUUUUCUGUUUUGUUAUAGUACUCUCUCUUGGACUACUCGAGCAGCUCAGCCUAUAUGUCUCAUGUAAAUAAUGUACUAUGUAUUCCAAGCUGGGAGCAUUGUUUUUUUGUCUAUCAUACAGAUAUGUAUUAUAUUGAUAUUGAGCAUUCAUUUCAGAGUAGUAAACUUAGGUAAACGGUGACAAAUAUUCUAAAUCUGCAUUUCUUCCACUUGAUUACCUGACCCCUAGGUGGGGGCAACCAGCACAUUUGGUACCAUGUAAGGGGUCCCCAAAAUAAGUGGGGGGGAAAGCAGAUAUCCAUUUUAUGUUGUUGGUGAUUGUGUUGACUUUAAAGUUGUGGUGCAGGACAGAAGACUAGUUUCACUGACUCUCGAUGAGAUGGUUAACUAUGCUCUGCCUCGAUGUAAUAAGUCUGCACAUGGACUGAUGAGAGCUUCUCUUCUUCUUGUAUGGUUUAAAGGUAAACAAUGAUGUCAGUAAUCACGCCUGUGCUUUUCUUUUCUCUGGUAUGAAGUCAUUUCAAUAAUUUAUUGCUAAAAUUUGACCCAAUGACAGCUGUGUCCACAUAUGCAGCGUGUUCUGACAUUAUACAUAUGUUUGCAGAUACUUUAUUUAAAUGUAUGCCUGUAAACUGUUGUUCUGGGACAUAAUUAUAACACAAGAGAUUAUAAAGAGUUCUUUGAUAGGUGGCGUCACUUCACUAUAUGAAAAGCACACAAGAGGAAUGUAUGGUUUAGAGGGGGAUUUGCAUGUCGAGGAGCAUGUUUGUCUUUAAAACUCAAACCCGUGCUAGCAGGUCAACAAGAGUCACUUACAGGUGUUUUCUUGCUCCGAUUACUCUCUAACCUGCUGUAAAUAUUUUAUACGGUUGAUUGGUUUAAGUACAAUUGAUCACAUCCAAAAUUCUAUAAGGGUUUGCACUUUCAAGACUGAAAAUGUUCUGAGGACAAGUUUCUUUUCUAAGAUCUGCAUUAGUCUCUUUAGUCUGCAUUUAUAAUUUGGGAUUUGAAUCAGGAGAAGAAAUGUGGUUUUCAUCCUGGUCGUGGAACACUGGACCAGCUCUAUAUCCUUAAGGGGUCCUGGGUGGUGCGUGGGAGUUUGGCCAACCAGUCUACAUGUGUUUUGUGGAUUUGGAGAAGGCGUUUGACCACAUCCCUCGGGGGGCCCUGUGGGGGGUACUCUAGGAGUAUGGGGUACCAGGCCCCUUGAUACGGGCUGUUAGGUCACUGUACAACCGGUGUCAGAGCUUGGUCCGCAUUUCCGUCAGUAAGUCAGGCUCCACCGAGGCUGCCCUUUGUCACGAUUCUGUUCAUAACUUAUAUGGACAGGAUUUCUAGGUGCAGCCAAUGUGGUGAGGGGAUCUGUUUUGGUGGCCUAAGGAGUGAGUCUCUGCUAUUUGCAGAUGAUGUGGCUUCAUCAGAACGUGAUCUCCAGCUUUUGCUGGAGUGGUUCGCAGUGUGAAAUUCAAGUGUGAAGCAGCUGGGACGAGAAUCAGCUCCUCUGAAUCCAAGGCCAUGGUCUUGAGUUGGAAAAAGGGUAAAAUGCCUUCUCCAUGUCUGGGACAAGGUCCUGCCCCAAGUGGAGGAGUUUAAGUUUCUCAGGGUCUUGUUCAUGAGCGAGGGAAAGAUGGAUCAGGAGAUUGACGGCGGAUUGGUGCUGCGUCUGCAGUGAUGUGGGCAUUGUACCGAUCUGUCAUGGUGAAGAGAGAUCUGAGCCGGACGGCAAAGCUCUCGAUUUACCUGUCGAUCUACGUUACUACCCUCAUAUUUGGUCAUGAGCUUUUGGGGAUUGCCCGAAAGAACGAGAACUCGAAUCUAAGCGGCCCAAAUUAGUUUUCUCUGCGGGGUGUCUUGGCUGUCCCUUAGAGAUGGGGUGAGAAGUUUAGUCAUCUGGGAGGAGCUCAGAUAUAGACCUACUGCUUCUCCACAUUGAGAGGAGCCAGUAGAGGUGGCUCAGGCAUCUGGUUAGAAUGCCUCCCUGGUGAAGUUUUCUGGACAUGUCCAACCAGGAGGACACCCAAAGGAAGACCCAGGACACAAUGGAGGGACUAUGUCUCUCAGCUGGCCAGGGACUGCCUUACAUUUCCCCCGCAGGAGCUGGCCCAAGUGGCUGGAGAGAGGGAAGUCUGGGCCUCUGCUUAGGCUGCUGCCCCCACGACCCAACUCCAGAUACACGGACCAGAAUGGAUGGAUGCUAUAUUGUACUUUUAACUAUAAAGAAAACAAAAGCAUUUAAACAUCUGUUUUGUGUCUUUGUUUUUAAACCAAUGAAUGGGUUUUCUACAAUUUUUUUAGAUGUCAGUAGUAAGUUAGUACUUAGUUAAUGGUAUUAGUAAAAGUGCAACAAAUGCAGUAAACCCAGACAUGUAGACUAAUGUGGCUAUGCAGAUUGACUUCAUGUUGCAGAGGGGUAAGAGGAAAACCUGUAUGUUCAGAAAAUGAAAUAGCUGUUGGGUGCUUCAGUUAAUAACCAGCAAGUUUCCAGUAUGUAAGGUAUGUCAAUUUCACAAUCAGCUGUUGGACAACCAACCUUUCCCAUUUGAUUUCCAACUAUAAAACCUAUGUGUGGGGCAUGGACAAUUGGUGAUUAAUAUACUCUUAUAAGUGCCUCGCCUCCUGUAAGCACCGUUGUUUCCUUUCCUGUUAAUCGCCCUAAUUGUGCUCCAACUUUCUAAAUACACUCUGCCAACAAUGUCUACAGGCAAUAAGAAGAAUGUCAGACAAUGUGUAUGUUGGAACUAGUUUAAUUUGCACUUUACGAGGAAUUUGUAACUCUUUUGUUUGACUAAAAUUUUCUAGGUGACUUGCUUUUUGUUUUUGUUUUGUUUUAUUAUUUACAAUGUACUAAUUGUGUUUCUUGAUGCAGGUUAUAUUACUUUAUAUUGUCAAUGCUUCCCUUGUCAUAUAAUUUGACAGCCAAGCACAAAGAGUUGGUAAUAUUUUUGAGACAAUUAAAGCUAUGUAAGCGUUGAUGUUUUCUUGUGUAUGGCACAACGUCACACCUUCAGGAUGUAAACACAGGGUUUGGCAGGCAUCUGAUGGGGCAGAAGAAUAAACCCAGACUUGUUUUAUCAUUUCAUUUUUGUGAAAUGAUCCACAUAGAUGUCAACAAACAUCUGAUAGUUUGUCCUUGUAUCUGGAAAUGGAGAAUUGCUCUACCACUGUUAAGUGGAAAAAUGUAAAACAGGUAUUGACAUUGCCAGUAUGCACAGUUCAGCUCUGAAAUAUAUCCUGGGGGAUUUAUUCUUAGCAGCUGGCAUUAUGAUUUCUGCUAUUUGAUUGUGAAUGGUGAAAAAAUGUCCCUAACCAAGCAGCAUGUUCUAUUUAUUUUUGUCAUUUUUCAAAUCAAACUAUUGGAUUUUUUAAGAGCCCCAGUUUGAAGUGUUUUAUACCUUUUUCACAAAGACAGUAAACCCCUAUGCAGCACAUCAACUGGUUUCCUCUGUAACUGAGGCAGGGCUGGUUUAAAAAAAACCACUUAACUCUGAUUUCUACAACUAUUUCCGACCUUAAAAUGUUUCAUGCCAACACUAUUAUUCAUCAUGUCACCAAGUAAGUUUUUAUCUCAAACAAGAGCAGCUGUCUCCAGUGCUGCCUGGGGCACUUCCUGUAGGACUAUAAUUAAACUUCAGCUUGAUUAACCAUGUAUCGGGAAAUAAACAUUAAUGCGAAAACUCACAAAAUGUAAUUUACAUGAAUCGCUGUGAUGGUUUUGUUUUCAGAUGACAGCAAUCCAUUUUCUGUCAGCUUGUCACUCUGGUCACGCUUCCUCAGUCUUGAUAAACCAACUUCUUACUGAACCUUUAAUUUUAACAGAUUGCAAAAAUAUAUAUAGUUUUUGUUAAAUUAUUCUAAAGUGAAUUCACCUAGAGUGUAAUCCUAGCUACGGGUGGGUUUUGAUCUGUUGUUUUAGACAUUUACCCUUUUUUUGAUUCUGAAUAGCAACUGUUUCAGACAGAAAGGCUUGAAAUAAACUUUCAGACAAAGAUCCAUGCUUCAGUCAAUAACUUAAAGUUUUCAGUCUGCAGUACCUAAUGUAUUAUGAGGAAAAACAAAUACUUAUUACAUGCAUCAAUGAUUGGGUUCGUAUAAUCAAAAGAUUGCACUAACAUCCUAAAAGUUUUUAAGACACAAGAACAUCCUAGAAAUCUGUUUUUUGUGAGUGAGGUUUUAUCAAGGGGGGUUGGUAGCAGAACCAAUUUUCUCCUGCUGCUGGUUUCAUAAUGGUUUCACCAGCUAACCAAAUAUCCCCACUGUUAAAUAAAAAUAAUCCAGUUGGUUUUGUUGAUCAGACGAGAAGUAAACAAACCCAUUGUGUCUCUUGGAUGAGCUUGAUCUGUCUCUUUUGCUGGCCUUUUAUUAUGAAAACAUUUGAGAUUUGAGAGAAUUGUAGUAUGUUGUGCCAUAUGACAAACAAUAAUGCAGGUGGGGCAAAACUUGAAAAUGAAUCAGUUCUUAUGCUUGUUGGGUAACACUGAGGCUUUUGGUUGAUCUCCACAUUUGCAGUAAAAGAAAAUAGGCUAUGUUCUAAAGAUCCACCCACUUCUCAAACACAAUGAUCAGGAAGUGGAAAAUGGAUGCAUUCUUUGUGUUCAUGCAUCUCUUCAUAGGGGCAAAUGUGCAACUUUCCAAUAGAAAGUGUACAAAAUCUGGUCUUUCCUUAUUUACAGUAAGUCAUUCCAGAUAACUAUCAGUACACCACUUAUCAAGAUUUUAAAUAAUUAACUGUUGUGAUUCAUUGAAAGCACAGUGAAAAAUACUUGGCUAUUAUGUGCUAUUGGUUUGUCUUUGAAAUUGUUGUGUAUUAGGUUUGUGCUGAUGUUUUUGUAGUGUCUUUUUCAAAGACUAUAUUUUUGUAAUAAAGGUUGGAAAACA